UGGAAGGUAGGAUUCCCGUCCUCGUACAUUCGCAUUCAUUAUUGAAACCCGACACUUCCAUCGACCAUCCACUUCCAACCUCUCCCGCCCAAUCCGAAGGCUACAAAGCACGCAGUCUCGAUAGAAGAUGGGCAAUCUCGCUAUCCUCGGCGCCUCCGGAAAACUCGGCUUCGCAACCUUGAACGCCCUCUUGGAACACAAUCUCAUCCCAUCGACAUCCAUCAUCGUAACAAGCUCUUCCACCUCAGGUGCUGAAAAGCUCAAGGCCGCACAAUCGGCUGGCGUCCAACUCCGGUCCGCCAGCUUCGACGAUGACUCCUCCUUAAUCUCCGCAUUCGAGGGCUGCGACAAACUUUUCUUGAUCUCUUCUCCUCGAAUCUCAAAGGAUUUCAACAAUGCACCACCAGGACAUGGACGGGAGGAAGAUCAUUUCCGAGCACUGCAGGCCGCGAAGAAAGCCGGUGUGAAACAUGUCUACUACACCAGUCUCGCUUUCGCAAACCCGUCUCUUAGUGAGGUCAUGACGGCCCAUGAACGCACGGAAGAAUUCCUCACUUCGGGACAGAGCGGAAUGCAGUGGACGAUCUUGAGGCAAGGACUGUACAACGAGAGUUGGCCGCUAUAUUUCGGGCACUGGAAAUUGGGAGAGGAUGAACGGAGCGAAGUCGUGGUAGGUGGAGAUGGAAAGGUUAACUGGACGAGUAUCGCCGACUUGGGUCUCGCGAGCGCGCUGAUCCUCGCGGCGCCGGAGGAGGAGUGGGCGGGCAAGACGGUGUAUUUGUCGCAAGGUAAGAGCCAUUCGUUGAAGGAUGUGGCGACAAUGGUCGGCAGGGCGCUCGAGAGAGAGGUGAAGUUGAAGGUUGUAGAGAGGGAGGAGCAUGAGAAUUUCUACGUUGAGGAACGAGGAAUGGACAGACCGUUCGUGGAGUGGUGGAGUCGAACGUAUGAUGCGUUGAGAGCAGGCGAGUGUGCGAUUGAGGAUGGGACGUUGGAGAAGUUGUUAGCGACCAAGGCGGUGAAGCCAAAGGCGCUGGAGGAUACGAUCAGGGAGAUGUUGGCAUGA